AUGGAGGGUGGCAAGUCUUUUGUUGCCGCUGUGAUGGUUCUGCUACUUAUCAUGCCCAUGUUGGGUUCCUCCACACGACAGCCCCUUGGCGGCGGCGCUGACGCCCUCCGCGCACUGGUAGACCCCGGGAAGCAGAAGCGUGUCGGGGGAUCGCCCUGGUGCUGCGACAAAUGCGAUUACGUCAAUUCGAUGAAUUCCUACAUGUGCUUGGACAGGACGGCGCGGGAGGUGGGAUGCAACGCUGGUUGCGAAUACUGCAUCUGCGAACACGGACGCUAUGCCACUUGCAUCUGCUACGAUAGUCUUGAUUCCUGCCCUCAGCUUUGCAGCGACUACGAGCCCCCCGUCGGAAACCGGGACUCCCGCCGCGGCGCCUAA